UUCACCUUGCUUGGAAUGAUGGGAAUCGUAGUUCUCAAUGCUCCAAUACUUCCUGCCGAAAGGAGGAAAAGCUAACUAUUUGGGUUCAUAAGUUUAAAGUUGUUCUGCUCGGAUAUUUGUGUCUCAUCGAAGGCAAAGACGUGACAACCCAACGAGAUGUCCCUAGUAAUUCCACACAGAGAGGUACGACCAGUCACAGCUGUUGCCUGGACUUCCAAUACCAGCACUUGUCCCAAAGAUUUCACACUGAUAAGCUUAACAGAAGAUGGAGCCGCGGCCAAUUUUACACGUAGCUUUGCAAUGAAGUCUGGCUACUAUCUUUGUUACAGCAAGGAUUUAACUGGUGGCAUGGUGGUGUCAGAUGUUCAAAUUAUUUCAGAUAAGGACUCAAUUCCUCAUGGGUACUGUUACAUCGCAGAGCAUCUUGAACCAAAGGCCACUGUGUCUAAGAAGAAGCGGGUCUGUGUGCGUCUUGUCCCCAUAGGCAGUGUGGACACAGCUGUCUUGGACAUUAAACUGACCGCGAAAAGCAAAAUGAUGUUACAGCACUACACAUAUGUGGGGGAUGUCCAUGGUUAUGUUUUGUGGUGCAAAAAAGGGCCUUUUUCAUGCCCAGUGCCCCAAGCCAAACCUAGAAGAGUCAGCCUAGACAUUCAAAAACUCUCCCUAGACCAACCAGCUCCUCCUUUGCCUCUCAAACCCAGUAACCCCCCUCCGCUGCCUCCUGGAAGACUGAGUCACAGACGACACCACCUCAAUGUGAAAGAUGAGAUCGACAAACCAGUGGACGGCAGCCUCCAGGGAAUAACAGCAUUGGAUGGAGUCCCCUUCAGUCUACAUCCAAAGUUUGAUGUUCCAGCCAAUGGCAACGGUCCUAACCUGAACGCUCAAUUAAACAACAUUCGUAUAAAGUCCAUUCAGGACAUUGAAAAUGAGUAUAACUACACAUUUACAGUUGAAGAAAAUGCCACAAAGAAAACCAAGCCUUCAGCUUCAUAGAAAUAUUUGCUGUCUCAUACAUUCAGGUACUUGUGGAAUCCUUCCUGGUUCCACAUUUAAAAGCUUUGUAUGUGUAUAUCAAGAAUUUUUGAUAAUCAGUGUAUUUCUAAAGUGAAUGAAAUACUCUGGGUCUUUUGGGGUUGCAUUAGUAUUUUUAAACUUAUUAUAUUGCAUUUAUCCAGAUCAAUAUGGACCAAAUUAGGUGUACAAUUUACUGUAUUUUUAUAUUGAAUAGAGAAACACUUCAGGUUGAUAUUGGUUUUGAUCUAAGCCAUGUGUGCUUUUGCGAGUUUAAAUGGUGCAUUUCCUAUAACGGACAAUAAAUCAAAUGUUACUCUACUCAUUAUCCCAUCAAAAGGGGUUGCUAACUUAUGUGUUUUGCAAUAUACUUUAUUAUUUUUAUUAAGUGGUGAUUUAUUUGAAAUGUAUGAACUUGCUGCUUUUUAAGGGUCAAGGAUGUUUCACUUCCUCUACAUGCGAUACAGAAAUGAGAAAAUGAUGUAAUAAUUUAUGAUUCAUUUAGCUGGCAUAAUUGUGUAUUUGAGUACAAUUUGUGUUAUUAAUAAUCACCAUAAUUAACCAAAUAAAACAACUGUAUUAAAAUAUAUAAAUGAACUAAUUAAAUGGGGCCUAUUUAAAUACCUAUAAUAUCUUAAUUUAUUAACGUUCCUGUAAAUUCUAUGGGGAAGACUUUAAUCGUAUCUUAAUGUUAUCAAUGUGUUAUAUAUUUUUUAUGUAAGCUUUUAAUGCAUGAUGAGAAAAUAAAGGUAUCUGUUCCUAUUA